AUGGCUAACCCUGAGGUAGCUCUAAUUGUAGAGCACUCGGAAGAAGAGAAAUCUCAGAGAUCGGUUACUAAUGGAGGAGAUACAAGAACAACUGGAGGAAACUCCGACUCGAUCCACCCCCCCGGCUGUUUCUCCUUUAACAAAAUAUUCAAUCUAAAAGGGAAGUUCCUUCCGAUGUGGAACAACAUAUUUGUAGCAUCUUGUGUGUUUGCUGUCUCCUUUGAUCCUUUGUUCUUCUACACUCCAGUCAUAAACGGGAAGAACAAGUGUGUAUAUUUUGACACAAGGUUGAAGGCCAUAGCCCUUGUCUUAAGGUUACUCACAGAUCACUUCUACAUUGCGGACAUUAUUAUGCGAAUUUUGAUUAGUAUACUUAAAACCAAGUCAUCCAAGGCUUCUGGGGUGACCACACAAGCGGAAGCUCCUAAUUCGAAAGGGAAGAAUGUUUUUGCAAUAGCUAAGAGGGCUUGGGAGAAAGCUAAUACAUCAUACAUCCUGAUUGACAUUUUAGCUAUUCUUCCCAUACCCCAGGUGGGAAUGUUCGUUUUCUUUUCGAAAAUGAAGGGUCCGGUAUGUUCGAAAGAAAGGAGGCUUUUCGACAUUCUUAUUUUGCUCCAAUUUGUCCCACGCGUUCUUCCUGUUUACUUAUUGUGCAGAGAACGUAAGAAAACUCUUAAUAAAGCAAGCAUGUGGACUAAAGGUGUUUUCAAUUUCUUUCUAUACAUCCUUGCAAGUCAUGUACUCGGAGCUCUUUGGUACUUUUUUGCCAUUCAACGAGAGAUGGAUUGUUGGCAUUUUGUUUGCCAACGUCACAAGGGAUGUCAACCUGGUGCCUUUAGUUGUAGUGAACCACGAAAUAGAUUGAGAACUAUCCCAUCGUUAGACAAAGAAUGUCCGAUAAACCUAUCGGAAGAAACGAAAGGAAGGCCCUUUAAUUUUGGUAUAUUUGCUGAUGCGCUUGACUACGGCCUAGUGCAGUCGACUGAUUUUCCUCAAAAAUUCUUGAAUUGUUUCUGGUGGGGGCUGCGAAAUCUGAGCUCUCUUGGUCAAAACCUCCAAACAAGUACCUAUGCAUGGGAAAACCUCUUUGCUGUGUUUAUUUCCAUUAUAGGCUUGCUAUUGUUUAUAUAUCUCAUCGGAAAUUUGCAGACAUAUUUGCAGUUUGCAACUACAAGAUCAGAGAAGAUUAGACGGAAGAUGAAAACGAAAAAUUUAGAGGUUGAUUUGUGGCUAUCUAGAAAAGGACUGCCUAGCAAUUUGAAGAUAGUGAUAAUGCAAUUCAUACAACAAAAACUUGAACAGAACAAUGAUGUUCAAGUUGAGAACAUCCUCUCUGUUCUUCCUUCAGCACAUAGUAAAUAUAUCUUGCGCUAUCUUCGUUUGGCUACACUUAAGAAAGUGCCAAUGCUUCAAACUAUGGGGGUAAGACUGCUGAAAGCAAUCUGUGAGCACCUCGAGCCGGUGGACUAUCCUGAGGACAGUUGCAUUAUUCAAGAGGGAGAGCCACUCCAUAAGAUGAUUUUCAUCACACAUGGCACAGUACACACCUACAAGACCAAUGGUAAAGGUGGAAAAAUUGGUUCCGAGUUUCUUGAGAAAGGGGACUUCUAUGGAUCAGAAGAGCUUCUCAAUUGGGCAUCAAAGUUUAGCUCUUACAAGGACUUACCAAUCUCAACCAGAAUGGUUAAGCCUGUCACUAAAGUCGAAGCCUUUGUACUGAGCACAGACGACUUGAAGAGUAUAGCCAUUAAGUACUGGUGGAAUUUCACCAAGAAGAAGGAUCUAAGGGAUUUCGACCAGUCUCUGUUGGAGGAGUAUGCAGUAUCUUCCAUAGAAAAAGAAAUUCGUCGCCGCAGGCAAGGGAAAAAGAAGCAUACAAUAAGGUCUCUCAAUAAGCUGGCUACUGAUCAGGGUAGUGCUAGCCAGAAGUUGCAAAAGGUCAUCAGUAAGGUCAUGAGGGAUCAGCUACCUUCACCAGUUGGUGCUCUAGGUGGCAGGUAACUAGCUGGCUAAGUUAGGCUUCUAAAUAUUAUUCUAGCUAGAUUAAUUCUUGAACAAGAACCGAGAUGUUUCAAGGUCAAGUGUAAUUAACAAAAUAACAAGUCCCUAAUCAGAACAAAGUACUUCGCUUUUGAAGUUGGAGAGCUAUUGAUUCCGAGUUUUAAGGUCA